AAAAAAAUAGAACGAAAGUAACGAUAUCACACGAAAAGGAAUUUGUAAUAAACUCCUAUUAGAACUGUAAGUACAUGCAAAUUAAAGAAAUGAUUUAUGGCAAUAUAUGUUGUAGUGCAAAUUAAUAAAUCAUAAUAGGCAUUUGCUUACAAUACAAAAAUUCUUGUUAUCUGGAGUCACCGACAAGAAUUUUAAACACCGACAAGAAUUUUAAACACGGGAAUUACAGAAGACACAGUACACUACCAAAAUGGAGAUACAGUUUGUUGGGAAAAGGGCUUUAGUCACCGGAGCCGGGAAAGGAAUCGGGCGGGAAGUUGCUAAGCGUCUUGUAGAGCUUGGUGCUGACACUGUUGCGUUGAGCAGAACACAAUCUGACUUAGACAGCUUGAAAGCUGAAGUACCUGCCAUAACAACUGUUCAAUGUGAUUUGCAAGAUUGGGACAGAACAAGAGAAAUUUUACAGACUGUGGGUGACAUUGAUUUACUUGUAAACAAUGCUGGAGUCAGUAGAAUUGAUAAAUUUUUGGACGUCAAGAAAGAAGACUUGGAUUGGAUGAUAGAUAUCAAUUAUAAAGCAGUCUUUAAUGUCGGUCAGGUGAUAGCAAAAUCCAUGGUAGAGAGAAAGAAAGGUGGCGCUAUUGUGAACAUCUCCAGUGCAGCUUCUCUACAGGGACUAGACGACCAUGCUGUGUAUUGUUCGACAAAAGCUGCUGUUGAUAAACUGACGCAUGUCAUGGCCCUUGAAUUGGGCCAAUACAAGAUCCGUGUAAAUGCAGUAAAUCCAACUGUGGUGCUCACUGAGAUGGGGAAAAUGGCCUGGAGCGACCCAGUAAAGGCGGAUCCUAUGUUAGCAAGAAUUCCUAUCGGGAGGUUUGUCGAAAUGUCAGAAGUAGUUGAUUCCAUUAUGUUUCUUCUGAGUGACAAAGCUACGAUGAUCCACGGAGUUACGUUACCAGUUGAAGGAGGGUUACUUACGACCUAAGGCUUCAAAUUAUUGUAGUGCAUUGUAAUAAAUGACAGUUGAAUUUCGAACAUUAUAGGACCAAUUCCGAUCUGUAUUUGAAAUAAAUCUAUUACAAAUACAUGUAUGUGAUUUUAGCAUAACCAGACUAGAAUUAGGUUAAUUAAUUAAUUAAUUGAUUUCAAAGGUGCACACCUCGAGAUGAAUGUCAAUUAUAAAUGUUUGAUUGAGGAAACAAGCGGUUUAAGCUAACCUGAAUCGCUUUCUCGCAGCAUUGUCCACAGAAAUACGUGUAUCAAAUAAUGUAUUAAAAGUAUUUACUUGUUUAUAAAAUUAUGACAAUAAAAUUUGUUUAUUUCA